AUGAUACACCGAUCUCCUGCUCCAGAAGCUACCGUUCUGUGCUUCGCCCUGCUUCUGCUCUUUCCCCGAACCAGCUCCACCGCCACUACAGGCGCUCCGAACACGGCGGCGCCAUGCGCGCCGGCGUCGUGCGGGGACUUGGCCAUUUCCUACCCGUUCUGGCUCGCAGGCACGCAUCCGCCGAAGUGCGGCCACCAAGGCUUCCAGGUUACAUGUGUCAAGGCCAAGGCGUACCUCAAGAAUUCGGUCUGGACGUACCAGAUCCAGGCCAUCUUCUACACCAACAAUUUACUCAGAGUAACCAACGCCAACCUGUCGUUGGAUGGCACUGCUUGCAACGUCGGCAACUUCGUCAACGCCUCCUCCGUCCUCAGGCCGUUCUAUAUUGACUCCCAGAGCGACAUGGAGCUGUUCUUCUUCUACGGCUGCAAUCUGCGGGCACCGCAGCUGCCUCCUUAUUGGUCGCCCCUGAGCUGUGGCAAUGGCUCGUUCGCCUGGCUUUCUGGGCAGUACAGGCCCGACGACAGUUCGAUGGCGCUGCCGGGGAACUGCAUCGUUGCGAUGAUACCGGUGCUGGCAUACGACGGGGCGACGGGGGCAGAUUAUGAGCGGCUCAUGGAAGGAGGGUUUCUGCUUAAUUACCUCAAUGAGGACUUCUCCCAGUGCGACGCUUGCUCCGUCGGACACGGACACGGCCAGUGCCGGACAGUUGUCAGCGACGAUGGGUUCCAGUGCUACUGCUCUGACGGCGUGUACUCGACGGCGGCCUGCGGAACCAAGAGGGCUAACUGGAAGACAACAAUAAUAGGUUCGAUAACAGCAGCUGCAAGUUUGCUUGUUCUAUGUAUUUGCAUGUUGAUAUGGAAGAGCAAGGUGAAAAACCUAUGGUUUCUCCUUGCCAAAAAGACUAGCAGCAACAAUGAAAGGAACGCUGAGGCUCUAAUAGAAUCAUACGGAUCCCUAGCUCCAAAACGAUACAAGUACUCAGAGGUAGUGAACAUAACUUCCUCUCUCAACAAUAAUCUUGGAGAAGGUGGUUAUGGAACAGUUUACAAAGGAAGGCUACAUGAUGAUCGCCUUGUUACUGUGAAAUUCUUGCAUGAGUGCAAAGGGAAUGAGGAGGAAUUCUUGAAUGAAGUUAUGAGCAUUGGAAGGACAUCUCAUGUUAAUAUUGUUAGCUUAUUUGGGUUUUGUUUAGAGCGCUCAAGAAGAGCUCUUAUAUAUGAGUACAUGCCAAAUGGUUCUUUGGAGAAGAAUAUUUACUCUGAGAAACCCAAAGAAACUUCAGGGUGGCAAAAGCACUAUUCAAUAGCAAUUGGGAUUGCUCGUGGCCUAGAAUACUUGCACCACAGUUGUAAUAAACGAAUAGUGCACUUUGAUAUCAAACCUCAAAAUAUCCUUCUAGACAAGGACUUUUGCCCAAAAAUUACUGAUUUUGGUUUAGCUAAAUUGUGUCAUGCAAAGGAUAGUAAGCUCUCAAUGACUGGUGCUAGAGGAACAAUUGGAUUCAUUGCUCCUGAAGUUCACUCCCAAACCUUUGGAGUUGUCUCAACAAAAUAA